AAUGAAAGGCUGAUUAUUUUUUUAAUUUGGGGGGGGGGUGUCUUUCCCUGACUGAUUGGCUCCAAGAGGAGAAGGGAAAGGGAGAGGUCAAAAAGCAUCUUUGGGCAUCUCCCCCAAGUGGGUGCUGGUGACCAGGACUCCUGGGUCCCUUGCAAGAGGAAAGUGCGUGUGCAUGAGCGCAUGAAUGUGCUGCGCGCAUUCUCCCGGGGGGAGCGCGCCUAGGUUUUGCGGCUGAAGACUGCGGAGCGCGAUCCCCGCUGGGGGGAGAAGGAGAGUCCCUGAUGAAGCCCGCUAUCGACACUAGGACUCACGAACGGGAGGACGACGCCCCCAGAGACUGCAGCGCCAAGCGCCAGAGGAGCGACGCCAAGGCUCCCCUCACUUUGUCCGUCACGCCGUCUCGGUACGAUGCCCCUUUCCCCUUUUACCGGCGGCCAGCUGAGCUGGGACACUUUUCCCUGGACGCCCAGCGCUGUUACCACGGGGACGCUCGCCGCCUGCGCUACUAUGCCCCGCCCCCUGUCGAGGGCCCCUCCCCCGGCUUCGACCUGCGCGACGGCUACCGCGACCGCUAUGUGAAGCAGGAUGAGAGUGUCCGCGAGGGGCUGGAGCACUUGCUGAGGUGGAUCACCCAGAACCGGAAGCAGCUGCAGACUGAGGACAAAGGACGGCCGCUGAAUGCCGACUUUGUGACGUGGCGGGGGCAUCUCACCAAAGUGCUGACCACGCCCUACGAAAACCAGGAUGGUUGGCUGCUGGCCGUGAGCCUCUUCCGUGGGACUCUGUACAUCAGCGAAGUCGAGACGGAGACCGCCCGGAGGCAGCGGGAGCAGCGCACGGACCUGCUGAAGGAGCUCAUGUACAUGGGCUACAAGUUUGAGCAGUACAUGUGCUCUGAUACUCCGGACGGGACUCCGGAUCCGACGGGGGUGGUGAACACAAACGAGGCUUUCUGCAUUGUGAUCCGGACCCGCCUGGGAACCCACUCGCUGCUGUUUUCGGGAGAGGUGGACUGCACGGACCCCCGGAGCCCCUGGCCCGACCCUCCAAGCUGUUAUGUGGAGCUGAAGACCAGCAAAGUCAUGCACAGCCCUGCUCAGAGGAAGAGUUUUUACAGGCACAAGAUGAUCAAGUGGUGGGCUCAGUCCUUUCUGCCCGGAGUGUCUCGGAUCGUGGCCGGGUACCGGGGGCCAGAUGGCUCCAUCGUGGAACUGGAGACGUUUGAGACGAUGAAGAUAUUCCAGCUCAUUAGGGAGGACCCGGGCUGCUGGAAGCCGGCGGUGUGCAUGAACUUUUGCGCGGCAUUCCUCGGCUUUGUGAAGAAAGUGGUGACCGAAGACAAUCCGAAGUUGGUUCACCUCUUUGCCUGGGAGCCUGGCCACCCUGUCUCCUUCACGGUGCACCGGGACUCCGAGCACACCUUCCUGCCUGACUGGUACGUGGAGGCGCUGAGCAGCGAGAAGCCCUCGACUCCACACAUCCCAGACUGAUGGGCUGCAGAUGGGAGGGAGAAGCUGGAAUGUUUUUUUUGUAUCUUGAGUGGGUAAUGUAGGGUGGGUGGUUAAACACAUACACACACACACACAGCAGACACAAGGAGGCUGGCACCUGGUGCUCAGAAAGUCAGCGACAUGCCUGGGAUGGCCCCUACCAUAGCUGCCAAGUCUCCCGUAUUCCCCGGGAAAUCCCUGUUUUUCCAGCUGUUCUUAGCUGAAAAAACGAAAUUUUUUGUUUUUCCCCGGUUUAUUCUGGCGCAACGGCCAUUUUGGAACUGGGCAAAGCAGCAUCAAAAGUCACUUCUGAGCAUGCUCCACCCAGUUCCAAAAUGGCGGCAGCGCUACGUCCGGUCUGCUACUUCUGGCCCGGUCCCUUAUUUCUCAGACAGCAACUUGGCAGGUAUGCCCCCUACCCCCACAUCAUCACAAUGAAGGAGGGACAGGGCAAUAAACUAUUAUCGUAAACACAAA